CUUAUUUAUCUGAACAGUACGAAUAUGUUCAAUAUACAACACAUCCAUUGUAAAGUUAUAAAAUAUGUGCAGUUAUUCUUAUUUUGCAGGCGGUCAGUAAGAUAUUUCUGAUCAUGUUAAAUGUAUUUAUAAAUCCAGAGAGCUGCAGUUCGGCGUCUUGCCCACAGGGUGGUGAUAAUGAACACAUUUCACCGUCUGUGCAAGAAAGAGGAAGAGACUAAACUUUGCUCUGGGGCUUCCACCGAGGAAGGAACAUUCACAGGGCUGCAGCAGUAUGAGUGAAGACUUCAAUGAUAAGCCACAGUGAGAGAUGAUGAUGAUGAUGAUGAUGAUGGACUCUGAGGUGUCUGUGCUGCUGCACUGUGCAGCCUGGAGGGGCUUGCUGGAGUCUCAAGUACAAGUGGAGCUCAGUGAAAGAUUCAACAGGCAGACAGAUCCGGCCUUGGAGCGUCAAAUAGAGGAGGUGUGGACAGAGCGUGCGUCCAAGGAGCCGUGGCUUUUCAACGGCUCCAAAUUCAGACUGCACUCUUUCUGCUUGGCCUCACCAUUCUCCGUUCCUCCCCCUCUUCACAUCCCCUUCUCAGACGGUGCAGAGAAACAGGAAGGAGAAUUACAACACAGCAGACACAGGACGGGGGAGAAUUCAUGUAUCAAUGAUUGUAAUCAUUACGCUGUUCAGGGCAGUUUGGACAAAAGAAACAAAGCUGUGAGCCCAAGAGAUAAUGCAGAAAGAGUCAGUGCACUGUCACAAGCUUCCUCUGAGAGCAUUUCUGCUGAACUUCCUUCUAAAACCACAGAUGAUGAAGAGACCGCGCUGCUGCUCACUCUCAGACUCGGCCUGACGUGCUACAAAGAUUACCUGGGAACAAACUGGUCGAGUUGCGCGCCAGAGCUACGUCAGCGAGGAGAGGUGGAGCGCGGUGACCCUCUGGCGCUGCUGGCUCAGCCUUUGGGUGUGGGCGGCGUCCUGUGUACACACGACAGCCAGGUGGUGUUCAUCAGGAGGAGCCAGAGGGUGGCGGAGGCAGGGGGACAGCUGGACAUCCCCGGAGGUCACCCAGAGCCAAAGGUGGUGUGUGAGCGUCUGGGCCGGGCGGUGUGUGAGGAGCAGAUCAGUGUGGACAUGAUGCAGCAGAGGCCCGUCGUCUCAGAGCUCUUCUCGUCUGUGUGCGCCGAGAUCAGAGACGAGGUGAAUAUUCCUCUGAGCUCCCUCGGGGAGCCGGUCCUGAUGGGAGUCGCUCUGAAUCACACCAGCGCCGGCAGACCAAGUGCCGAGUUCUACGUCAGCUGCUCGUUGACUUCUGAUGAAGUCAGAAAGUUGUACUGGAAAGGAGGGGCAGAGGCCCACGAGUCCACAGAUAUUGUCUUCCUCAGCAGAACGGAGGUGUUGCAGCUGGACAGGAGCAGCCCUCUGUGGUCGGAGCUUUGUCCUUCAGCAAAAGGAGCCGUGCUGCUUUAUCAGACAGUGAAGCCUGACACACGAAACGAUGCCCUGCUGAUCGCUUCAGAAAAUGAAACCAGAUGAUUAAAUGAACACAAAGAGAAACUUUUCAAAGUUCAGGGAUUUAUUACUCUGAAUUUAACCACUCCCUAACCAAUACUGUUAGAAAUGUGCAAAAGACUGAAUAUUCUUUUCAAAUUUGUACACUGUACAGUUGAAACAUGAUUAAAAAUAUUAAAAACUAUUUUGCAUAAAAAUCUUAAAA